CUCAGACCCUGCCCAGGCCGCGCGGAGUCCCCGGCGGGAGGCGUGCUGGGGGCGGGCGCCCGCGACCCGGAAGCGGGGACGAACACGGGGCGCCCCGGAGAUGGCGGCGGCGGCGGCCGUGAGCAGCGCCAAGCGGAGCCUGCGGGCCGAGCUGAAGCAGCGUCUGCGGGCGAUGAGCGCCGAGGAGCGGCUGCGCCAGUCCCGCCUCCUGGCCCAGGAGGUGAUGGCCCACAGUCAGUAUCAAAAGUCCAAAAGAAUUUCCAUCUUCCUGAGCAUGCCAGACGAGAUCGAGACAGAGGAGAUCAUCAAGGACAUUUUCCGGCAAGGCAAAACCUGCUUCAUCCCGCGGUACCAGUUCCAGAGCAAUCACAUGGAUAUGGUGAGGUUGGCCUCGCCCGAGGAAAUCUCCGCGCUUCCCAAAACGUCCUGGAACAUUCAUCAGCCCAGAGAAGACGAGGUUCGGGAGGAAGCCUUGUCGACAGGGGGCCUCGAUCUCAUCUUCGUGCCAGGUCUCGGCUUCGACGAGCAUGGGAACCGCCUGGGGAGAGGCAGGGGCUACUAUGACGCGUACCUGAAGCGCUGUCUGCGGGAGCAGGACGUGGGGCCCUACACCAUGGCCUUGGCCUUCCGAGAGCAGAUCUGCCUGCAGGUCCCCGUGGACGAGAACGACGUGAAGGUGGACGAAGUCCUGUACGAGAGCCGUCCCCCUAAACCCUGACGCCCGUGGCCAUGGGCCGUGUCCCAGGGGAAAGCGGAGCCUGUCCGCUGCCUCGUCAGGAUAUCCUCGUGCAUGCAGGCCACCUGCCUUCCAGUGUAAUUGCACAACAGCUGAUGCUAAACCACCUUCCCAAACCGGCCAGGACGUGAAUAAAAACGCAGGCGAUGACGGUGUGA